UAAUGGCAACAGUAGCAGUGUUAAAAAUGAUCAGGAAAUUGGGGAUGAUGGUGAUAAUGAAAGUGAUGAUGAUGGUAUUGACGAUGAUGAUCAUGGUGUUAAUAAUAGUGAUAGUGAUGGUGGUUAUGGUGAUGAUGGUGAUAAUGAUGAUGGUGGUGUUGAUGGUGGUAGUGUAAGUGAAUGGAGCAAAAGUGGCAAUUAUGAUGAUGGCGAUGUUAAUAUUCGUAGUAUGUCAGAACUUGCUGAUGCUGUUCAAAAUAAUGAUGUGAUAGAAAUUGAUGAAGGUGUCAGUACAUUAGAAAGAAAUGACCUACAGAAAAGAAAAUCAU